ACUUCACUGUCACGUCUGUCAAAUAUUCAAAACAAAAAGUUAACCUAUCAGAUUUUGCCAAGUAACAAAAUCUUUCCCAAUCUCAAUAUAAAAAUGUCUUUUGUAAUGAAAUAAUUCAUCAAUAAAAAAUUGAUUCUAACAAUGAUAUUUACAACUACAUUUUUAACAUCAUGUCUUAAGCUCUUAUUGAUUCCUGCCUACAGGUCGACAGAUUUCGAAGUUCACAGAAACUGGUUGUCUAUAACACACAGUCUACCAGUCAAGAAGUGGUACUUUGAAGACACUUCGCAAUGGACCUUAGACUAUCCACCACUUUUUGCUUGGUUCGAAUAUAUUUUGUCGUUUCCUGCUUACCUGUUUGAUUCAAAAAUGCUCAAUGUUAACCAUUUGAAUUAUUCUUCAGAAAAGGCUGUUCUAUUCCAAAGACUCUCAGUUAUUAUUACUGAUUUAGUGUACUCAUUAGGUGUUUAUAUGUGUUGUUGCUCUGUGAAAAAAAGUUGGGGUAAAGAAGUAGUUUUGCCAAUACUUUUGAUCACAAAUUGUGGUCUUUUGAUGGUGGACCAUAUACACUUUCAGUACAAUGGGAUAAUGUAUGGAAUAUUAUUAAUUUCAAUUGCUUAUAUGAUUCAGGAGAAAUAUCUUCAGUCUGCCUUCUGGUUCACUAUUUUGCUAAAUAUGAAACACAUCUACAUAUAUUUAGCACCAGCUUAUUUUAUUUUUUUGUUAAGACACUACUGCCUGAAAGGACCAUUGGUUAUCCGUAAUAUUUUCAGUCGGAAAAAUUUGAAAAAUGUGGGAAUGCUAGGAUGUACAGUCUUGGGGAUAUUUGUGGUAACCUUUUUACCAUUUUAUGAUCAAAUACCUCAGGUUCUGUCAAGAUUGUUUCCAUUCAAAAGAGGUCUGUGUCAUGCCUACUGGGCCCCAAAUUUAUGGGCCUUGUAUAACACUGUUGAUAAAGUUGGAUUUGUUUUAGCCUCAAAGCUCAACAAAAACCUGGUCAAGAAUGACACAGCCUCAAUGACAGGUGGCCUAGUCCAAGAAUUUUCACAUUCUUUUUUACCAAAUGUGACACCUGUAGCCACCAUUAUACUAACAGCAGUAUUUAUGGUACCAGCAAUGAUCAAGCUGUUUAGAGCUGAAAAACAACCAUUUCAGUUUGUUAGGUGCAUGGUAUUAUGUGCCUUGACUUCAUUUCUUUUUGGUUGGCAUGUCCAUGAAAAGGCAAUUUUGAUGGCUAUAAUACCUUUAAGUAUCCUAUCGAUCAUCAAUCAAAGAGAUGCAAAGGUUUUUUUGAUACUGUCAACAGUAGGCCACUACUCUCUAUUCCCUCUAUUAUUUCCAUCAUCGCUUUUACUUAUUAAAGUGCUGCUUCUUGUUCUAUACGCAUUAUACUCGUUCCACAGUUUAUCGAAGUUGUACCCAUCCUUAACACCAUGUAUAUGCAGCUUUAGCUUACCACUGCUCAGUAUAUACGAAAGUGUAUAUUUGCUAGGUCUUGGUGCAAUAUUUUUCUAUGAAAAUGCGGUGCAUGUAGCUCUAGGAUUGAACAGCAAGCUUCCGUUUUUACCAUUGAUGAUCACAUCAGUUUAUUGUGCAAUAGGCGUUAUUUAUUGUUGGUUGUAUUACUACUAUUACUUUUUAAGAAGUCGUGAUGAAGUCAGUGCUGUGAGUAAUGUAAAAAAGGUAGAUUAAUAUAGAUUUUGUUUGACA